ACAAGAUGAUGAUUCCUCUUCCUUCUCCACAUUACCAUUGUCAUCAUUUAUUAAAGUAGAUGAUUUACUAGAUGUUUUAAAGAAAACAAAUUUACCUUCUUGCCCAUUAGAGCCUUGUGAGCUCUAUGAUUACUUAAAAAAAUUUUAUGGUGAUGAAGAUAGUAAUGAAGCUAUUGGUCAAACCACAUGUAAAGAAGCACAAAGAAAACCAGAAUCUGACAAUAGCUUCAAUAACAAUAAUCCCAGAUUUGUCCCUUUGGAAAUCUCCAAUAAAAUUUUGGGAUAUGGGGCAAAUGGUAGCAUAGUGUAUAAGGGGAGAUUUGAAGGAAAAGAUGUAGCAAUAAAAAGGUUAUUGCUUGAUUAUUACAAAUUGGCACAUCAUGAAGUAUCACUACUUCAAGAAAGUGAUGAACAUGCCAAUAUCAUCAGAUAUUAUUGCACUCAACAAUGUGAAAAUUUCUUUUAUAUUGCAAUAGAACUUUGCGAAGAUUUAAAGCCCCAGAAUAUUUUGGUCAAAACUUCCAAAAAUGGGAAAAUAAGAUUGCUAAUUUCAGAUUUUGGAUUAUGUAAAAAAUUGGAAGGAUAUUCAAGCAGUUUUAACAUUAGCACCAACAAUAUUAGUGGCACACUUGGUUGGAGAGCUCCAGAAUUAUCAUUACUACCACAACAACCACCAAAUAAUAGAAUAACAAAAGCUGUUGACAUUUUCUCAGCUGGCUGUUUAUUCUAUUAUGUAAUUUCUGGAG